AUGGAUCACAGUAUUCAGUUUGAGAGCGUCCCACGACCUUCCAUAACCUCAACACUUGCGUACGGUACUUUGACUCUAUAUGCGCUCUACUUCCUCUUGAAGCACUUCGACGUUGCAGUCCUCGCUCCGCAGGAGCUACUGUGGAAUGCUAUCGUCUAUAUCAUCCCAACGACACUUCUUCUGGACCGAGCGCGAAGACACGAACUCGAAGCGAACGACAUGCUUUCGCAAACACACGCAGCAAAGAGCGAUGCGCUCCGGCGAGUGCUGGGUAUAGGAGGAAAUGCGAUCAUGCAACGGUUUCCGAACGCAGGAGAGGCGGUUGGGAUGGGCAGCAUUAUGCGAAGGACAAGCAUGAGCAUCGCAGGAGCAAAAGCCGUGACGAGCGAAGUGCCCGCGGGGCUCGGGAACUGGGACAAUUCGUGCUAUCAGAAUAGUGUUCUGCAAGCACUAAGUUCUCUUGGAAGCCUGAGGAGUUGGCUGCAAGUCUCAGAACCCCCGAACGGAGAUGGCGAGAGCUUGACCAAUACAGCUCUGCAGGAGAUGAUUGGGAAGUUGAGGGAUCCGACAAAUAAUGGCAGGCAUAUCUGGACACCUGCCAAAUUGAAGAACAUGAGUAGUUGGCAGCAACAGGACGCACAGGAGUACUUUUCAAAAGUCAUGGAGGAGCUGGAUAAAGAAGCGGCACGGACGGUGGCUGCAAGUGAGACGAAACCUGGUUUGGAGGUAGUUUUGGACGACAGGAAUCAAAAGACAGCAAACAAUAGAGAAGAGGAGUCGGAGAAGAAAGGACCCAUGGCGCCCACACGACGAAAUCCACUGGAAGGGUUCGUUGCGCAAAGAGUAGCGUGCACGCGGUGCAGCUUCUCCGAGGGCUAUUCCAUGAUUCCCUUCAACUGCCUCACAGUGCCGCUGGGCUCUAGAUUCGAAUACGAUUUGGACGAAUGUCUGGAUGAAUACACGAAGAGUGAAGAUAUCGAAGGCGUGGAAUGCCGCAGCUGUACCCUAUUACACCAGGAAGAAAGACUCCAACAGCUCCAGCUCCCUCCUGAGCUACGAGCGCAGGUUGCAGAGCGCCUCCUCGCUAUUCAGCGAGCUUUGGCAAACGAUGACUAUUCCGACAGGGCCCUCAAACAGGAUUGCCAGAUUAACCCGAAGGCUUUCGUUAGCAGCACAAAAUCCAGAGAAGCCGUGAUUGGCCGAGCGCCACAGUCUCUCGCUAUUCACGUCAACAGGAGCGUGUUCGAUGAGGUGACUGGAAUGCAACGAAAGAACUAUGCGAGAGUCAGUUAUCCAAUGUCUCUGGAUUUGGGGCGUUGGAUGUUGGGCUUCGACAGCAGCGCUGCUCAGUAUCGACUAAGCGCAGUCGUCACUCAUUACGGCCGGCACGAGAAUGGGCAUUACAUCUGCUACCGAAAGCAUCCCCGCAACGUGGUUCCGCGAGAGGGGGAACAAGGACCGGGAACUGCCUCACCUGAAGAUCGCGAGCAGGAGAGAUGGUGGCGAUUGAGUGACGAAGAGGUCUACCAGGUGACAGAGGAAGAUGUUCUCGGCCAAGGAGGCGUCUUCAUGCUUUUCUACGAGCGCCUUGAACAGACAACAGACUCUUCCGUCUCGAAGGAUGCUGCCGAUGCAGCGGCAAUACCUCUGCCUCCAGACGAAGAUGCGGACUGGGAUAUGAUGACGGUCGAGCAAACAAGCACAGCAACGCCAUCGCUUAUUACAUCGGCACCUGAAUCGGUCAUCUCGGAAGAUACAGACGUUGAGCUGGAAGUAGAGCAGAGCACUCUUCCGGAUCCUGCUAGCAAGGCACCACCGCAGGCUCCGUUGUUGAAGACGGCUUCGCCGACGUACACAUCACCCGUGCAGAAGGAUAUGCAGCAUGAUUUUGGUAUGAAUAGAUCGUUGAUGAGCGUUUGA